GACAGCGAAAACAUGACAGCCUGUCAUUGUCUCUAAUCUACUGGAGUUGUGUGUGAUGUGAUAAUAACGUUCUGAUAUGACGGAGUGUGGACCUGUGGGUGAUGACUGCCUGUGGUGAGCUCAGUAAUGACGACUUUCAGCGGGUUAUUGAGCUGCGUGCCGUCUGCAGAAAGCUGCUAUAAUAAUGAGGAGAUCAUGGAUGAUCCUGCUCCACGUCCCGCUCGCUCGGCGUUUCCGUGGCUGGUGGGAGCGUCGCAGGUGGUUGGUCUGGCGGCGGUGGUGCUGACCGGUGUGUGGAUGGGUCACUACCACGGGGGCUUCGCCUGGGACGGCUCAGGGCGGGAGUUUAACCUGCACCCUCUGUGCAUGGUUCUGGGGCUGGUCUUCCUGCAAGGCGACGCCAUCCUGGUCUACAGAGUGUUUCGAAAUGAGGCGAAGAGGAACGUAAAGAUACUUCACGGCGUCAUUCACCUGCUGGUCCUCAUCAUCAGCAUCAUAGGAGUUGUAGCUGUGUUUGACAACCAUAGAGCAUCAAAGAUCCCAGACAUGUACUCUCUACACAGCUGGUGCGGCAUGGCUACCUUAGUCUUAUUCUGUGUACAGUGGGUGAUGGGUUUGCUGUUCUUCUUGUUUCCUGUUGCAUCGUCAUGGUUACGAGCUUCGUACCUCCCCGUCCACGCGUUCUGUGGCCUGGCUCUGCUGGUUAUGGCCAUAGGAAGCAGCCUGCUCGGCAUCACGGAGAAGCUUCUCUUCAGCAUCAUGCCAACCUACUCUCUGUUCGUCUCAGAGGGGGUGCUGGCCAACAUCUUGGGGCUCCUGCUGGUGUGUUUCGGGGUGCUGCUGGGCUACCUGAUCACCAGGGAGGAGUACAGACGUCCGCCACAACCGGAGGAAGAGUCUCUUUCUGUCCACUUCAAGACCCUGACCGAGGGGGGGUCGCCCUCCUCGCCUUGACCUCGUUGUGAUGUCUGACUUAAUUGACUUCCAAUAAUAAAUAUAUACAUACAUUUGCA